AUGGAGCCUGCGUCCUCAACGCCCCCCUCCGACUCCGAAUCCGACUCGGGGGAUGACACAGUUCCCGCCGAUCCAGCGAAGUGGGAGCGGCGCGACGUGGUGCGGUGCGUGCGCUGGGUGGCGCGCAAGUUCGGCGUGCGGGCGCCGCGCCGCAGCCUGCUGCCGCGCUGCGGGGCCGGCCUGCUCGCGCUCGACGACCACGCCUGGCUCCAGGUAUGCGAGGGUAAUUCUGCGGCGGCGCGUAUCUUCAGUGCGUACGUUGCGCACGCGCACGCCUCUGCCACCGGUCGCCCGCCGCCCGCACCGCUGCCGGAGCACCAGGCCACACCGGCCACACCUGCCACUUCAGCGACCGCUCUGCCCGGUAACUCUUUUAAUAUUUAA